CUCGGUGGUUGGCAUGACAACAGACACACUACGGGGCUAGUAGUCUCACUCAGGUCGUUUAUUUAGGCUACUUGUGUUUUCAGUCAUGUCCAAAAAUAGGACAGCUGCACAUAAAGGUUACCAGAAGAAAAAGGAGGGGGAGGGGAGAAGCUGUAUAAGGUACAGAUGUGGUCUGACCAAUACCAUCCAGGACGUCCUUAACCACAGACCAGGCUGGGUAGAGCUUAAAGAAGAUGGCGAAUGGGACUUUAACUGGUGUGAUGUUGGCUGGCUGAGAGAAAACUUUGAUCACUCUUACAUGGGGGAACACAUGCGAAUAUGUCACUUCCGCAACCACUAUGAGUUGACCCGUAAGAACCUGAUGGUGAAGAACCUAAAGAGGUACAGGAAAACUCUGGAGCGGGAGUCAGGCCGUUUGGAGGCGAGCAAAUGUGACUUUUUCCCCCGUACAUUUGAACUGCCAAGUGAAUAUCACAUCUUUGUAGAAGAGUUCAAGAGAAACCCAGGGAGCACGUGGAUCAUGAAGCCAGUGGCAAGAUCACAAGGGAAAGGCAUUUUUCUGUUUCGAAAACUUAAAGAUAUCACAGAUUGGAGGAAGGACGGGACCCGAUCAGAAGAACAAAAAGAUGAGGCUCAAGUUGAGAGCUAUGUUGCUCAGCGUUAUAUUGAGAACCCGUACCUCAUUUCUGGAAGAAAAUUUGACCUCAGAGUCUAUGUUCUUGUAACAUCAUAUGUUCCUCUGAAGGCCUGGCUUUACCGUGAGGGUUUUGCACGAUUUUCCAACACAAGAUUCUCGCUCAGCAGUAUCGACGAUCAAUAUGUACAUCUCACCAAUGUUGCCGUGCAAAAAACAGCUCCUGAUUAUGACCCUGAGAAGGGUUGCAAGUGGCAGAUGCAUCAGUUGCGGCGGUAUCUGACAGCUAAGCAUGGUUUGGACACAGUGCAGACUCUGUUUAAAGAAAUUGACAACAUAUUUAUAUGCAGCCUGCUUAGUGUACAAAAGACAAUCAUCAAUGACAAACACUGUUUUGAGUUGUACGGAUACGAUAUAUUACUGGACCAGGAUCUAAAGCCGUGGUUGAUUGAAGUAAACGCCUCACCCUCCCUCACAGCCAGCAGUCAGGAAGAUUUUGACAUGAAAUACAGACUGCUGGAAGACACCCUGCACGUUGUAGACAUGGAGGGCCGUCUGACAGGCAAGGAGAAGAGGAUCGGAGGAUAUGACCUGAUGUGGAACGAUGGACCUGUCUACAAAGAUGAUGGCCUGGAGGCUCUGGGGGGUUCUUACCUUAUAGCAAAUACACACCUCGGCUGUGUGAAUGACCGUGAAAAGCAACUUCAGCAGAUUUUAAAGCCUUUCCCAGGACAGAAGAAGCACUGGCGGAUCUAGGGGUGGCCCCAGCUGACCCCAGUUGAAAUCUUAUUGGCCCCCUGAAGUGCCCCUGUCCUCUCAGGGCCUCUGUGGCCUACACCUGUGCGUUUUGGUCGAUCGGAUCACAAGUGAAUGAAUGAGGCAUUUAUAUAGCGCUUUAUUGUGUAUUGCUAUACACCCAAAGCGCUUUACAAUCAAAUGAGGGCGGUCUCUCCACAACCACCACCAGCGUGCAGCAUCCAUUUGGUUGAUGCGACGGCAUCAAUGGACGACGUUAAAUACAGGUGUAAACGGGUGUGAAACGUUUUGAGCUUGUCGACUUUCUACCACUUUCUACCACAUUCGACCGGAUUGUGUUUGUGGUGUAGACGCUCAUGUUUGAAGGCGUUCGAGCAGCUACAAAAGACCGCCUACUCUCCGUCUCAUAUCUGUCAUACUGCCAUGUUGGACGGAACUGCACCCUGGUUUUUCACCUACUGUUGCACUUGUGUAUAUGGUUGAGUGACAAUAAAGGGAUUUGAGUAUUUGGUCAUACCAAAAGUAUGUUUAUAAGUAUAUGAAACGUUUUUGUUGUGUUGGCUUACUUACUGACCUGUACUCAUCUCUGUUUAUCAUUAAUAAAC